AUGGAUCCACGACACAAACUUUACAAAACUCUUGAUAAUCUUGCCAUCGAACCAGACGCUACGAACAAUAUGAGUGCAAGGACGGACGAGGAAGCGACGAACGUGCAGGCAACUUCUGGCGUGACCAUGGAGGGACUGGAAAGGAAAUUGAAGGAGGGUUUGGGCGCAACCUACGUUGAGAUUGAAGAUCUGAGUGGCGGAUGCGGGCAAAUGUAUGAGGCCAUCAUCGUGUCUCCCCAGUUUGCCAAGAAGACCACUCUAGCACGGCAUCGGCUAGUCAACUCGACGUUGAAAGAGGAAAUUGCGGCGAUACAUGCGUGGACGCCAAAGUGCCAUACGCCAGAAGAGUGGGAGAAGAAGAAACCUCAGUGAAGCGUGACCACAUCGAGUUAGACAUUCGAGAGAGCAUGAGUACAGACUUGCGCGUCACAAAUGAUGGAAAUGAUGAAUACGAUGCAUGAAUGAGGUGGAAUAUCAUGAUCAUUGUCUACUAGCUUGUACAUACUUGUCACUGCAGACGUCUAGCUGAGUAGCACCCGUAUCUCACCACUGGUACGAGGAAACAAGUCCCUCAACCCGGGCUCCUGCUCCUCGUCUUCCUUGUCUUCAUCGUAUGUCAGAUCAUCGGCCGCUAUCAUCUUGCCCUCCACAAUUUCAAAGUCCUCGCAG